AUGACGGGCGGCCACAUGAAAUACCGCCACCUCAGCCGGUCUUCGGCCCAUCGCCAGGCGCUCCUGCGCAACCUCGUCACAUCGCUCUUCAAGCACGAAAGCAUAGCGACAACAUGGCACAAGGCAAAGGAAGCCCAGCGGCUGGCGGACAAGCUGGUUACGCUGGGAAAGAAGAACACGGAGGCUUCGCGGCUGCGGGCAACGCAGAUCUUCUAUGAACCCAACACAAUGGUACCCAAGCUGUUUGGACCCAUAAGAGAGCGCUAUGCAAACAGGCAGGGUGGCUACACACGCGUGCUUCGCAUUGAGCCUCUCAAGGAAGACCAGGCCGAAUCCGCCAUCCUGGAACUCGUCGACGGACCCAAGGACAUGCGCUUUGCCCUGACGGCGAAGACGCUAGCACGGAGACCCGCAAAGCUGGGCCUCAGCCCAGCACUGACGAGACACAUCAAGAAGGUCACACAGCACCGCGAAGGAGGCGUCGAGAGCCUGCGGGAGAUGGUGGAGCGGCUGCGUGUGGAGCAAGAAGAGGGCAUGGACGAUAGGAUACUACCACCGCCGAGAAAGGUGUACCCCGAGGAGAAGAUGAAGAGGGACAUGCACUACUUUGAGGAAGUCGACUACUACAAGCCUGCCAACCCCGUGAAGGGGUGGAGCGCGAAGAAAGAGGCGGCGAAGCAGCGUUCAGUGGAGGAUGCUGUAGUGGAAGAGCAGGUAGAGGCGCCAGAGGCCAAGAAGCAGCGUUCAUGA